AGACCUUUUAUCUGAUAUAUCUGAUAUCUGAAGAAGUGAAGAUACCCUAACUUAAGAAAUUCCUAACUCUGUGCCGCUGUAGUUGCUAAACUCUUCGACGACACCAUUCAUCUCCCCCACUCGCUUGUCGUAUCAGAAGAUCAAGCUACCACCCUCCGUGUGCUGUGCUCUUCUGAGAUAGAUUCAGUAUCUCACCAUUCUCCAUACUCGAAUCCGAAGGUUAGCUAAAUUGCUGAAAGGGUGGAGUGAUAUCCUUUUGAAUUUUCCCCCUGAAGCUUAUGUUGAUCUUAUGUGAGAAUGUUACUGUUUCUGAGAAGUAUUAAAUAUAUGAAGAAUGUCGUCCAGGGACUUGUUAUCAAGUUUUUGGUGAUGAGUAAAGUGAUAUUUGAUUGAUGUGAGAUGGAAUGCAUGUUGACAUUUCAUGUUGUAUACUGUUGGAAUUUGCGGGUUUUAUAUUAUGAAAGGGGAGGCAAGGGGUUUUGGUUUGGCUUGGCUUCUGGAUGAUCAUGGAUAUGUGUGGCUGUGAUGUGGACAGGGAGGAGGCUGCGGCUGGUGGUGUUGGUUGUGGUGGUGGUUUUGCUGAUCAGUUGUGGUAGAGGUUAGUAAAGACAAAAAAUUGAAAAUGAGUUCUGACAGCAGGAGCCGAAGCAGAAGCAGGAGCAGGAGCCCAAUGGAUCGCAAGAUCCGCUCUGAUCGAUUUUCAUAUCGUGAUGCACCUUACAGGAGAGAUUCACGUCGGGGUUUCAGCCGAGACAAUUUGUGUAAGAACUGCAAGAGACCUGGUCAUUAUGCUAGGGAAUGCCCCAAUGUCGCAAUUUGCCACAAUUGUGGACUCCCUGGGCACAUUGCUUCUGAAUGCACCACAAAAUCGUUGUGCUGGAAUUGUAAAGAACCUGGGCACGUGGCUAGCAACUGUCCAAAUGAAGGCAUCUGCCAUACCUGUGGUAAAGUUGGACAUCGGGCAAGGGAGUGCACAGCACCUCCAAUGCCACCAGGGGACUUGAGGUUGUGCAACAACUGUUAUAAACAGGGUCAUAUUGCAGCUGAAUGCACCAAUGAGAAAGCAUGCAACAACUGUAGGAAGACAGGGCACCUGGCACGUGAUUGUCCAAAUGAUCCCAUUUGUAACUUGUGCAAUGUUUCUGGGCAUGUAGCUAGACAGUGUCCAAAAGCUAACAUGCUUGGAGAUCGUGGCACCAGUGGUGGUAUGCGUGGGGGGGGUGGUGGUUACCGAGAUGUUGUAUGCCGGAAUUGCCAGCAAUUGGGUCACAUGAGUCGGGACUGCAUGGGACCUCUGAUGAUUUGUCACAAUUGUGGAGGUCGUGGUCACCUGGCAUAUGAGUGCCCUUCAGGUCGAUUUGUGGAUCGUUAUCCCAGGCGGUACUGAUGGUCAUGGAUGACACUUUAAGGUUUACGUUUGUGUUUUUUCCUCUGUUUUCCCCGUUGGAGAGAUGCGGUUAUAAUGCCAUUAUUUGCAUUUCAGAGUUGUGACUGCUUGCUUUAGGAAUAAUUAUUCAGUACCUGUAAGAGAUUUCUUAUUGUAUGAAUCGUGUUCCAUGAUGAGGGUGUUUACGGUUAAUCCGGUACAAGUUUUUGUGGUUGUUGGCUGGAGAUUGAAUGAUGCACUAGUUUUUGUACCCAAAAAACAAUUAUGUACUAGUUUUUAACUAAAAUUAAAACCUCGUGUGAAUGUCAUUAUUGUCUAAAA